GGUUUUUGCCUCCCUUCUUAAUAUUCGAAUCCUCUUUCAUCUCCUGAGCAGCCGCCGGAACACUCUGAGGCUAGCGAGCAACUGUGAUGCUGUCCCCGAGACAUCACGUGAUCGACGUCGGGCAUUCCGAGACCGUCAGAGCAGCUGGCACGCAGCCCACCGCCGAUUCAACGUCGGCUGUGGAUCUCCUAGUUCGGUUCUCCAUUUCCGGACGCGAGCAAGAUCAGCAUGGUCAAGACUCAGUCGUCGAGAACAACGCGGAUCCGACUCAGGAUGGAGGCCCACCUAAGUUUUCAAUAUCAUUUGUUGGGUUGCCUGAUGCGCAAAAAACCGACACGACCAGAUCAUGUUCGAUGAUCAGCAAGAGUCAUUCUCAUCGUGUGGGGUUUCCCGGGGAGAUUCUUGAGAGAUGUUCGUGGUGCAAGAAGAAGAUCCUAGAGAACACCGAUCUGUAUAUGUACGGUUACAACCUCGGGGUAUAUUGUUCGGUCGAAUGUCGGAAAAAGCAAAUGGCAUUGGACGGGUACGACGUCGAAGACUGCGCGCCUCGACCCGACCAUCACCGGCGGUAAUUCUAUGUUUGCUCAUCCACACGCGUUUGCAAAAGGGAUGGUGUGUUCUUAUAUGUCGCGAAUUAGAACCG